AUGACUAGUAUUCUACGAAUUAUAGCUUUCCUUCCUUUAAUUACUGCAGAAAUAUUUGUAAAAGAACCAAUCAAUAAUUUACAAUAUUUAAUAAAUGAAUUAAUAGAAUCAGUAGAUUGCCAGAAGAAGAUGGUUUACAUUAUAGAUACUCCUGUAAGAAUUGUCAAUUACCCCGUGGUUUUACUUGAUACAAAACUCAAUAUGGAUAGAAAAUUAGAGUUCUAUCCGGACGUUUAUGUUAUAGGAAAAAACAUAAGCCAUACUUUGAAUAUCCUUUGUAUGUCAUUCGCAUUCAACAGUAAAAGUCUGUUCCUGUUGGUCGUUGACCAAAUUAACGAUAGUUUGCUGCAAAUGAUAGAUCUAUAUUACAUUUACAAUGUGGUAUUAUUGAAAGUAACUCAAAGUGGUAACUAUGAACUAUGCACAAUAAAUGCCAAUAAACUUGCUGCAAAAAAUAUUACAGCAUUGCCAUUUUGUAAAAUAAUAAACAAAAUAAAAAAGUUCAAAAAAUUAAAGACAGAUCUUUCCAACAGUUCUAUUAAAAAGAAGUUUAAUCACGUAAAUAUUUUGUAUGAUAUUUAUCCCCCCUACAUUAUGACCUCAGAGGAUGGCAUUCACGUUAAUUUACUUAAAAUCAUUGGAGACAGUUUAAAAUUAAAAACAAAUUUCAUCAAAUCCAAUCAGCCAACAAAUCCAAUGAGAAUUCCUCAAGAAUUUAUGGACAAUAGUUCCUAUGAUAUAUUUGUCACUUUAACUAUUAAUCGCCAAUUUGAAGACAUGCCUGUAGAUAAAACUGAGGAAAUUUCUCAUGAUACGGUAAUAUUUCUAGCUCCCGUUAUUCUAAGUGAUGGAUUGUGGAAUGUUUUAUAUGGUGAAUAUGAAACUGCAGUUUGGAUUUCAUUUUUGAUUUCAAUAGUGAUAUUCUAUCUAGCUUUUUAUCUUGUCGGACAAAUUUUACAGCAAGAUAAAAAUGCUUCGACAAGUCUUCUUCUACUAAGUAUUUUAUUUCAAGGUAGCACUUCGGUCCAAACAAAAUCAAGAUCUUUUAGUAUAUUGUUUGUUUUUUAUUUGACCUUUGCUUUCAUUUUUACAACUGCUUACAAAAGCGAAAUGUUUGAUAUAAUGAGAGUGAAUAACACUUACAACCUCAUAAAAACACCAUCUGAUCUGUUUAAAUAUAAAAUAAAUCUAGGUCUAUGGAAUCCAAUAGUUACUAAACAAAUUCAAGGUGUUGUUGAUCCAUCUGAACAACCAUUCAUCGAAUCAAAUGUUACUGUAUAUUGCUAUAUGGACUUUUUUCAGUGCAUUCGACGUGUUGCGCUUGAUAAAGAUCUGUUUAUUUCCGUUCCGUUAAGGGUGGCUCAAUCGCUUGUAUCAGAAAUAUUUGUUGACUCCGACAAUAAGCCGAUGGUUAAUACAAUUAAUAAGGCACAAAAAUCAAAUUUAUACUUUGUUUUUAUAUUUAGAAAAGGUCAUCCUUUACGUGAUCUAUUUAACCACAAAAUAAGAAUUCUUAAAGAAAGUGGUUUGACUGAAUACGAAUAUCUAAAAUAUAAGCAAAGAUACGAGAAAGCAAAGUUCUUAAUCAACAAGGAUAAGGAAUUAUAUUAUAAACCCUUAGAUAUGAGAAGCAUGCAAGUUAUAUUUUAUCUUUAUACAAUAUGUUUAUUAAUGAGUGUAAUUGCGUUUUGCAUAGAGCUUGCAGUAAAUCUAAGGUUUUGUCAAUAA